AUGUUGGGACAGGUUUCCUACAUCUUUCUUCGCCAGGUGCUGUCCAAUAUCGACGAGCUGUUUGACAGGGGGGAGCUGUCCGCAGCCCCGGAUCCCGGCUGGCCCGAUUGCUUCAACAGUGGCGUAUUUGUCUUCCAGCCUUCCCUCGAGACGCAUAGCCGCCUGCUGCGACAUGCCGCCGACCACGGCAGCUUCGAUGGUGCAGAUCAAGGCUUACUGAACAGCUUCUUCAGUAGCUGGCCGACGGCAGACAUCCACAAGCAUCUGCCCUUUAUUUACAACUUGAGCAGCAACGUGGCUUACACCUACGGCCCCGCCUUCAGACAGUUUGGCUCUGAUGCAAAGGUGGUGCACUUUUUGGGGUCCACCAAGCCUUGGAGCUGCAAGUAUAACCCCCAGACUGGCUCGGUUGUGCAGGACGGCUCAGGCGCGGACAACGCACAGCAAGUGGAGUUUCUGAAUCUCUGGUGGGACAUCUAUCACGGCAGCGUCCUGCCUCUUUUUGAAGAGCUCCGAGACCUGGGCCAGCACGCAUCCCCCGGACACGAAGUCAGCCCAGGUGGCGUCGGGGAGCUGUAUGCUAGCUCAGUGUUGGGUGCCAGUGAGCCCCCACCUGUUCGGGGCCCCCCAGAGAAGACCACGGUGGUGGACGAUACCCCGCCCUGCCCCACAGGGUGGCAUCCGGAAGACGUGAUAGGUGGCCCAGAUGAGAUUUCUGCUGGAGUAACGCGUGGCCCCACUUCACCACCCUCCCCCGAAUUCUCAGAUGUCACAAAGGCCGAAACGCCCUCGCCAGGGGACACAGCUGAGAGCGGCCCAGCGGAGGACAAGUUGGAACCCAGGCAGGAGACCCCUGUGGAAGCCACAAAGGACCCAACUCCGCAGGACGCAUUGGAGGUUGACCUGGCCGUGUCUCUCUCCGAGAUCUCCAUCCAGGAAAAGGUUAGGGAACCGAGUCCGGAGGAAGAGCGGAGGCAAUGGGAAGACGGACGUAUCGACUACCUGGGCAGGGACGCCUUUGCUCGCAUUCAGGAGAAGCUGGACCAGUUUCUGCAGUGA